AUGCGCGGGGUGUAUUUGAAUCGUGAUAUACAGCGUGGAACCAAAAUUAUCAAAAUUCCAAAGAAACUAAUCAUGUCCUGCGAUAUGGGAAGGGACUGCGAGCUGUCCGCCAAUCUGCGGGAACAAAACGUCGAUUUCGAGAAAUACAAGCACGUCUACUUUGCCAAUUUCCUCCUCGAAGACAUGGAGAACGAGGACUCCUUCUACAAACCCUACUACGACACCCUUCCGGAGGACAUCAGCAACAUCCCCGUCAUCUGGACAAACAGCGAGAUCAACCAGCUCCACGGCUCCUACUUCUCGAUCUGCAUCCGCUCGCGCGUGGUCGAGAUCUACCGCGACUACCAAAAAAUGUGCGACGUGAACUCCUUCUUCUGCCGCUACCCCUUCGAUCAAUACCUCCGCGUUCGCCUUCUCAUCGGCAGCCGCAACUUCGGCUCCUUCUUCAACUCGCUGAACAACGGCAUCCUCGUCCCGCUCGCCGACAUGCUCAACCACACGCGCCCGCGCCAAACCACCUGGGAAUACGACGACAAAGAGAAGGCCUUCGUCAUCACCUCUCUCCUCAAUCUGCGCCAGGGCGCGCAGGUCAUGGACUCCUACGGCCGCCGCGACAAUCGGCGCCUUCUCUUCUCCUACGGCUUCGUCGAGGACGACAACCUCGACGGAAACUUCUGCUCCCCCGACACCGUCGCCAUCGCCAUUCUCCCGCGGAGAUACCACACCCUCCCGCACGCCGAAACCCCCGAGGACUGCGUUUCCGCCUCGCCGGAGGAGUUUCUGCUCGACGAGGACGCGGAUUGCGGGGAAUUCUGGAACUCCAUUAUUCUGGACGUGAUGGAGAAAGUGGAUUCGGGCGAGGAGAAGGAGCUCACCGCGGGGAUCCCGAUGGUCCCGGUGGACCCGUCGCUGCAGACGUUCGGCGCGGAGCUGAGCCGUCGGAGCCAGUGGAUCUGCGAGCACAGCGCGGUGUUCUCGUCGAACCUGCUGAACUUCGACGGAGACUUGCACUACGACCAUUCGGACGCGCGGUACGUGUAUCUGAGUCGAUGCCACGACGACGCGGGGACGGUGACCGUGUUCGGAAUCAUAUCCUUUUAG